AACAAUAGUUUGCUGGCGCCAUCACACAGCUGCCUAGUACUGUAGUCUUAAUAUGACGCGGCUCCCGGGAUGGAUACUCACUGGCAACAUCCGCUCCUUUGGUCCCGCUAUAUCUAGGGUUUGUGUUGCCUCUUUCUCCACCGCCGCGAAGCAAGUCGGCACUCACAACGGCACUUUCCAUUGCGAUGAGGCAUUGGCGUGUUUCAUUCUCCGUCUUACUCAUACCUUGGCUUCUGCUAACAUUGUUCGAACUCGCGACCCUCAGGUGUUGGCGAGUCUUGAUGCGGUAGUUGAUGUUGGAGGGGUUUAUGACCUGAGUAGAGAUCGUUUCGAUCAUCAUCAGAAAGGGUUUAGUGAGGUUUUUGGUCGUGCUGGUUAUUCUACUAAACUCAGUAGUGCUGGACUUGUUUAUAAGCAUUACGGGUUGGAAAUAAUAGCCAAGGAGAUUCAGCUGGAUAAAGGGCAUCCGGAUGUGUUCAAGUUAUAUUUGGCUGUCUACAAGAGCUUUAUCGAGGCAAUUGAUGCUAUUGACAAUGGUGUGAGUCAAUAUUGUGUUGAUAUACCUCCCAAUUAUGUGAACAAUACGAGUUUGUCUUCAAGAAUAGGCAGAUUAAAUUUGGAUUGGACUGACCCUGAUCAAUCGAUUGAAAAAGAAAAUGAUGCAUUUCAACGUGCAAUGGUUCUUGCAGGGAACGAAUUCAUCGAGAGUAUACAUUUUCAUGCAAAAUCGUGGCUGCCGGCUCGAUCGAUUGUUGUGGAUUGUCUUGCGGCAAGGAAAAAUGUUGAUUCUAGUGGAGAAAUCAUUCUGCUGCCUAGAAUUUGCCCUUGGAAGCUACAUAUAUUCGAGCUAGAAGAGGAAAUGAAGAUUGAUCCUUCCAUUAAAUAUGUUAUUUAUCAGGAUGAUAGAAGCGACAAUUGGAGAGUGCAGGCAGUUGCUGUCUCACCUGAUAAGUAUCAGAGUCGAAAACCUCUAUUAUCUCAGUGGAGAGGUUUGACAGGUGAAGAACUUUCUGAGGUUGCUGCAAUUCCUGGAUGUGUUUUUGUUCACAUGAGUGGCUUUAUUGGUGGAAAUCAGAGUUAUGAGGGUGCUUUGGCUAUGGCCAAAGCUUCUUUGAUGGUUGAUUAAGCAAGAUCUUGGGUUUUGAGCUAAAUUUAUACCGAUAUUCAGCAUGAAUCAGCUGCUUAUGUAUGCACUAGUCGGAUAUUUUGAUAAAGAGGUAAUUGUCAAAUCAUUUUUUUGGGGUAUAGAUUCUCUGAAUUAAGGGCGUCAUAUCUAUAUUUGGUGAUCAAUAGGUAAUAGGAGGGAUUGGAAUCAUUGAUAUUCUUUGUCAGGGGGUUUUCCAGGUGAUCAUUGAUAUUCUUUGGGAUGCACUGCAACUGGUUCAUUAACAUUUCAUAUUAAUUGGAGCUUUUAUAUGCCAUUUUUUUUCUGCAUUUUCCCAUUGUAUAUCCCGAAUAUAAAGUCUAUUUUGUUUGAAGCUGUCUUGCAUUGUCUAAUGAUUUUAUCCUCGGCAGUCGGCAAGUAUGAAUGUCGUUGUCAUCAGAUGUUUAAACCAUUUGAGAAUCCAAGAACCCUGCUAUAGUACCUUCACUGUCAUUGCCCAGAUCCUUCUAAAGCUCGAACCUAUAUUAGAUGAUACAGGGAGAAAGUUCUACUUGCGGAAAAUAUUGUAGUAAGAGCACGAGAUAUAGGCAUUUCUUACCAGAGCACUUGCUUGUGAACUUGAAGUUUGGAACUGCACUCUCUGCUAGAAGCAACUCUUUUAGGUUUAAAGCAACAAGUUGCAAAUAUCUGUCAUCGUUAAAUCAAUUAGGCCUAUAAUAAGAGCGAAUAUAGUUGUUGCUGCGUUCAUCUUUUACAAUUUUUUUGGGUUACUUGAGCCCCUAUUCGCUAAUAUGAAUAUCAGAAAGAACAAAUAUUUGUUCUAAUACUUCUUGGGACGAGACAGAAUCGAUCCCAGAUAUCCCGGGAUAAACCAAGUGUAUUUUCUCAUAUUAAGAUUGCCGACUUGGUGAAAAUGCCAGCUUCAAAUAAUAUGUAUAUUAGAGCAUUUUCAACCAUGAGAAACUCUUAGCUAAAAGUCUAGGUGGAUUACCAAAAUUAAAAUUUAUAGCCAAUGUGCACAAAAAACAUCACUCCAACCAUGGCAAACCCUUGUGUAUAAUUAUAGUCAUUUUUCUAUGGAUGGGUAUAUUUGUUGAACCACUACAUAUCUGUAGUGAAUUCUACGUCAUCUACCGCAAUUUACUUUCCUCCUUUCUGCUGAUUAAAUAUUAUUUAUUACCAUAUUAAACUGAUAUAUUCUAUUUAUAACAAUUUAUAUAUUAAUAACAUACUAUUUUUAAAUUAUAGCCAACCAAUAUAGCCAAUACCAUUGAAGCACACUGUCUUACAAGUUCAGCAAAUUUUACGUAAUGUGUUACAGGUUCAAUUUAGCCAACGAUUAUAACCAUCUCCGAUGGGAUGUACGAAGUAGGAACAAAGGCAGGCAUAAAGUACGAGAUCCUCUCUAUUCCGCAUAAUAAAGCCGUAAACAGAUCCAGGAAACACCUGUGAAAUCAGAAUAAAAUUUUCAGAAAAAACAUAUAAUAAUAUAUGUUUUUUCAAAAACAUGUUAAAUGAGCAAUGUUGGGGGAGUUCGAAAACAUCUCCGAAUUUGUUUCUGAAUGCUAAAUGACGUGAUUUAAAUCGUGUUAGAGCAUCUCCAACGGCGUUGGCUAUAAUCGCUGGCUAAAUUGGACCUGUAAGACAUUAUGUAAAAUUUGCUGAACCUGUAAGACAUUUUGCUACAAUGGUACUGACUAUAUUGGUUGGCUAUAAUUUAAAAAUAGUAUGUUAUUAAUAUUUUAAAUUGUUAAAAUAGAAUAUAUCAGUUCAAUAUGGUAAUAAAUGAUGUACAAUCUUCCUACAGAUUUUCUUACAGACCUGUAGAGGUUCGACAAAUUUAGCCAUCCAUAGGAGGUUGGCUAAAUUUAUAGACAACAGCUCAUCAUGGUUGGAGUUGAGUUUUUGAAGCUGUUGGCUAAAUCUUUUUAUUUGAGGUAUGCAAACUCAUCUUUUAGACAAGGGUUUUAGAUGGUUGGAGAUGCUCUUAUUCAGAGAUAUGUGCAUAGACAUUUCCCCCCUUUUUUGAAUAGAUGAUAUGUGCAUAGACUUCUUUAUUUAUUUUUAAGAGAUACCUCUAAUCAAUUAUUGUCAAUUGUAAUAUUUUUCCAAAUUAUCACAUUGUUUAUCAUACUUGAGUCACAUUGUUUAUCAUACUAGAGAUAGAAUGGAAAAUAAAAUAGUAUAUAAUCAAAGGAAAAUGUUGAAUAGAAAAACAAACGUGUCUUAAUCAACUAACUGUUGUCCAAAUAGUAACACGGAAUUGCUGUUCUUUACUCUAUCCCAUAUGUUCCAAUAAUAUCACUUUCUUCGCUUUAUCACCAUCAGACUUUGUGGGUCAUUUCUACUUUGUCACAGGCAUUGGAUUUUGAUGGCUGAAUAUGGACCUCGAUUGUAUAGCUGCUGCAAAUGUCGAAAUCAUAUUGCACUUCAUGAUGAUAUUAUUUCCAAGGCUUUCCAGG